AUCUCCUGAGAAGCACUCUCCCUUGUUGUGGAGCCAGGCAAAUCUUUAUCAGCCACUGCCUUCUGCUGCUGGGAAGCCAUCUAGAGUGGUCUUUAAAGAAAAUUGGGCAUCUCCUGCUACUUAAAAUCAAAAACUACAUAAAAUAAAGAUUAGAAAAAAAUAAGGAUGAAUGGACGGUCUUUGAUUGGCGGCGCUGGUGACGCCCGUCAUGGUCCUGUUUGGAAGGACCCUUUUGGAACUAAAGCUGGCGAAGCAGCGCGCAGAGGCAUCACCCGGCUAAACUUGGCCCUGGCAGAUGGGUCGCAGGAACAGGAGCCAGAGGAAGAGACGGCCAUGGAGGACAGCCCCACUAUGGUUAGAGUGGACAGGGGUGAAAACCAGGUUUCACUAUGUCAAGGGAGAAGGUGCUUCCCCAAAGCUCUUGGCUACGUCACCGGCGAUAUGAAAGAACUUGCCAACUGGCUUAAAGACAAACCUGUGGUACUCCAGUUCAUUGACUGGAUUCUUCGGGGCAUAUCCCAAGUGGUGUUCGUCAACAACCCCAUCAGUGGAAUCCUGAUUCUGGUGGGACUUCUUUUUCAGAACCCCUGGUGGGCUCUCACUGGCUGGCUGGGAACAGUGGUCUCCACUCUGAUGGCCCUCUUGCUCAGCCAGGACAGGUCAUUAAUAGCAUCUGGGCUCUAUGGCUACAAUGCCACCCUGGUGGGAAUACUCAUGGCUCUCUUUUCGGACAGGGGAGACUAUUUCUGGUGGCUGUUACUCCCUGUAUGUGCUAUGUCCAUGACUUGCCCAAUUUUCUCAAGCGCAUUGAAUUCCAUGCUCAGCAAAUGGGACCUCCCUGUCUUCACCCUCCCUUUCAACAUGGCGUUGUCAAUGUACCUUUCAGCCACAGGACAUUACAAUCCGUUCUUUCCAGGCAAAUUGGUCACACCUGUAACUACAGCUCCAAAUAUCUCCUGGUCUGACCUCAGUGCCCUGGAGUUAUUGAAAUCUAUACCAGUGGGAGUUGGUCAGAUAUAUGGCUGUGAUAAUCCAUGGACAGGGGGCAUUUUCCUGGGAGCCAUCCUACUCUCCUCCCCACUCAUGUGCCUGCAUGCUGCAAUCGGAUCAUUGCUGGGCAUAGCAGCAGGACUCAGUCUUUCAGCCCCAUUUGAGGACAUCUACUUUGGACUCUGGGGUUUCAACAGCUCUCUGGCCUGCAUUGCAAUGGGAGGAAUGUUCAUGGCGCUCACCUGGCAAACCCACCUCCUGGCUCUUGGCUGCGCCCUGUUCACGGCCUAUCUUGGAGUCGGCAUGGCAAACGUUAUGGCUAGGAUUGGAUUGCCAGCUUGUACCUGGCCCUUUUGUUUGGCCACGCUAUUGUUCCUCAUGAUGACCACAAAAAAUUCCAGCAUCUACAAGAUGCCCCUCAGUAAAGUUACUUAUCCUGAAGAAAACCGCAUCUUCUACCUGCAAGCCAGGAAAAGAGUGGUGGAAAGUCCUUUAUGAGAACAAGCCCCAUCUGUAGCCAUGGUCACAAGUCCUUUCUGCCUGACUGCUCCAGCUGACUUCCAGGGUCUCAGCAAACUGCUGUUUUUCAUGAGUAUCAACUUUCAUACGAACGCAUCUAUGAUCUGUUCUUAUGCUCAUUUUGUAUUUUCCUUUCAACUCCAGGAAUAUCCUCAAGCAUAUGAGAGCCACAUCCAGGUGAUGUGCUCUGGUAUGGAAUUUGAAACCCGAAUGGGGCCUUGGGACUAAGACUGGAAUGUAUAUAAAGUCAAAGUGCUCCAACAGAAGGAGGAAGUGAAUACAAACUAUUAGUAUUUAUUGAUAUCGUUGGUGUUUAGCUGGCUCGAUGAUGUUAGCAGUAUUAAAAAUCAAACCCCAUAAACCAACUAAGCCUUAUGGAACUCACAGUCACAAAAUCGAAGUUAAUCCAGAAUUCUGUGAUAAGCAGUUUGGCUUUUUUUAAAUCAAUGCAAGUUACACAUUAUAGCCAGAGUCAAUAUCACAGAGGUGCAAGCUGACAGCUGAGCUCGGUCCCCACUUUCUACAAACAAUGGCCUGCACCCUAUGCCAUGUGUGUGUGACAUUCUCUCAUGGGACAUAGUUGGGGUUUUUCAGACUGACAGGACUGCAAGAGGAAGAAAGGAAUUUUGUCAAUCAAAAUUAUUCUGUAUUGCAACUUUUCUCAGAGAUUGCAAAGGAUUUUUUAGGUAGAGAUUACUUUUCCUUAUGAAAAAUGAUCUGUUUUAAAUGGGAUAAAAUAGGAGAAGUUCCUGGCUUAACCUGUUCUUACAUAUUAAAGAAAAGUUACAUACUGGAUUUAUGAAAUACUCAGCUUAGGUAUUUUUACUUUAAUCCCUAAAUUGAUUUUGUAAAUGACACAAAUGCAUAGAAUUGUUACCAACCUCCAAAGGGCUCUUUAAAAUCAUUUGAGGAUGUCUUAUAAAGACUGAAGGCAAAGGUCCGAUUGCUUAUGGGUGUUAUUUUUAUCACUUGUUGAAUUUCUUAAUUUAAAAAAGCUCAUUAUUUUCUGCACACUCACACUCUCUCAGAAACCAGUGGCAUUUGAACCACCAAAAAGAAAUGAAGGGCUGAGUGCGGUGGCUCACGCCUAUAAUCCCAGCACUUUGGGGAGCCCAGGCGGGCAGAUUGCCUGAACCCAGGAGUUCAAGACCAGCCUGGGCAGCAUGGCGAAACCCUAUAUCUACAAAAAAUACAAAAAUUAGCCAGGCAUGGUAGCGGGCACCUGUAGUUCCAGCUACUUGGGAGGCUGAGGUGGGAAAAUGGCUUGAGCCCAGGAGGCCAAAGUUGCAGUGAGCUGAGAUCGCACCACUGCACUCCACCCUGGGCGACAGAGUGAGACUGUGUCUCUCUCAAAAAAAAAAAUAUAUAUAUACAGGUAAGGAUUCCCGUUUUCCUCUCUUUAAUUUAAAAGUUACCAGUUCCGUAAAGGCUCCGUAACCAAACAUGUUGAAGACAGCAACAGAAGUCACGUUCAGGGACUGGGCACAGUGGCUCACACCUGUAAUCCCAGCACUUUGGGAGAUGGAGGCAAAAGGAUUUCUUGAGCCCAGGAGUUCAAGACCAGCUUGGGCAACAUAUCAAGACUCUAUCUCUUAAAAAAUAAAAAUAAUAACAUUAGCCAGUUGUGGCAGCACACAUCCGCACCAGUUACUCAGGAGGCUGAGGUGGAAAAAUCGCUUGUAUACAGAAGUUCGAGGCUGCGGUGAGUUACGAUCAUGUCACUGCACUCCAGCCUGUGUGACAGAGAAAGACCCUAUCUCUAAAAUAAAUAAUAAUAAUGAAUUAAUUAAUUUUAAAAAGAAGUCAUGUUCAUUUACCUUCCACUUCAGUAUGUAUGGUGCAGUAGUUUGGAGGUUGGAAAGUGAAACGUCGGAAUCCUGAAGAUUUUUUCCACUUCCAGUUUGCAGUGCUCAGUGCACCAUAUACAGCUUGCCGAAUGAAUAAACAGAAAUAGGGAAGUAAACCUACAAAUAUUUUAGGGAGAAGCUCACUUCUUCCUUUUCUCAGGAAACCAAGCAAGCAAACAUUGUUCCAAUUUUAAAAUCCUGUGACCAAAGCCUUUGAAACUAUGAAUUUGUAACUGGCAUAGGUUUAUGGAUAUUGCUGUGGAGAAGCUCAAUUUUCAGUGUUUGAACUGAACCCUUUCUUGUUAGGGAAUGUGUGAAAGAAGAAUUGGGGGGGUGGAAAAGAAAACAAGCAUAACCAAAGAUCAUCAGCAGUGAAGAAUCUAGGCUGUGGCUGAGUGAACCAGAGGCCUCUAAAAUGCACCCAAGUUGAUCUUCAGAACGGGGAUCUACCAUGCAGGAUCUUCUUGUGCUCACACAAAUCUGUAAUUAGGAACAUUGUACAUUGUUGAAUUUAAAUGAUAUUAAUUUUCUCAAGCUAUUUUUGUUACUAUUAUCCUAAAAAUAAGUAUUUGCAGAGAGCACUUAUACUUUUUCCUAAUGUCUGUAUAACAAAUUUCUAUGCAAGUACAUGAAUAAAUUAUGCUCACAGCUCA